CCAUUUCUCGAUUUCUGAAUUUUCUUUCUCAAGUCAGUACAGGAGUGUUAGGUGUACUAACUAAAUGCACGUCUCCUUCCAUUAUUAGUAGUAGUUGAAAUAACAAACAGAAUUAUCAAAUCCCAUUCUCCAAAUUCCCCUAAUCAAAUUUCUUUUGACCUCGAAAAAACCCUAAUUCUAAUGGAUGCAAUUACAACAAGGGUUGUUCCUAAUCUCAAUCUUUCUGGUUCUCGGCUCCGUAGUUCAUCCCAAUUAUCGCAGACGAAAUCUGUUGUGUCUAUCAGUUGUUGUUCAUCUGAAGGAUCACAAGGUUUUGAUAAAUUGGAGAGACGGAAUGGUGAUUCUAUUGGUAGAGGGAACGGAUUGUUGUAUGGUCCGGUUCAGAAGCAGCGGGAAAUCGUCUGCUCUGCGGGAGCGGGAACAGGAGCAUGUUUAUAUGGUGAACAUGAUUUAGAGGGAUCACACGCUCAUGCGGCAGAAGAGAAAUUGGGGGUGUUGCUGCUUAAUCUAGGAGGACCUGAGAAGCUUCAAGAUGUUCAACCAUUUUUGUUCAAUUUAUUUGCUGAUCCGGAUAUUAUAAGAUUACCGAGAUUGUUUAGGUUUCUUCAACGGCCUUUGGCUCAGUUGAUCUCAGUUUUGAGAGCACCUAAAAGUAAAGAAGGAUAUGCUGCUAUAGGUGGGGGAUCACCUUUGCGUAGAAUAACUGAUGAACAGGCGGAAGCACUGAAAAUGGCUUUGGAAGAGAAAAAAAUGUCGGCAAAUGUAUAUGUAGGAAUGCGGUACUGGUUCCCAUUUACAGAAGAAGUAGUGCAUCAGAUUAAAAAGGAUAAGAUCACAAGACUUGUUGUGCUGCCACUUUACCCUCAGUACUCCAUAUCUACAAGUGGGUCAAGCAUCCGUGUGCUUCAAGACAUGUUCAGCAAAGACUCAUAUCUUUCAAGGCUACCUGUCUCCAUUAUAAAGUCGUGGUAUCAACGUAGAGGUUAUAUUGAAUCCAUGGCUAACUUGAUAGAGCAAGAGCUACAAAAAUUCUCUAAUCCUGAGGAGGUGAUGAUAUUCUUCAGCGCACACGGAGUACCAGUUAGCUAUGUCGAGGAUGCAGGAGAUCCUUACAAGGAUCAGAUGGAGGAUUGCAUCAGAUUGAUCAUGCAAGAGCUGAAAGCUAGAGGAACCUUGAAUGAGCACACUCUUGCGUACCAGAGUCGAGUGGGGCCUGUACAGUGGUUGAAGCCCUAUACUGAUGAAGUUCUUGUUGAGCUUGGUAAAAGUGGAGUAAAAAGCCUCUUAGCUGUUCCAGUAAGCUUUGUAAGCGAGCACAUAGAGACCCUCGAAGAGAUUGAUAUGGAAUACAGGGAAUUGGCUCUUGAAUCUGGCGUAGAAAAUUGGGGAAGGGUUCCAGCUUUAGGACUAAGCCCUCCUUUCAUAUCUGAUCUCGCAGAUGCUGUGAUUGAAGCUCUUCCUUCUGCCCAAGCCAUUACAAUGGCAGAAGUCACUUCUGAAGAAACCGAAGCGGAUCCAAUGAGUUAUAUAAUCAAAAUGUUCUUUGGUUCAAUCUUAGCUUUCUUUUUAUUGCUGUCUCCAAAACUUAUCUCUACUUUCAGGAACCUUUUGUAGAGAGUUUAUGGUCAGAUGCCUAGUAAUAAUAGUGAUGAUUAUAAAGAAGAAUGAAACACUAGAGUGAUUCUUAAUUUUGCGGAUGCAUACAUGAACGGAAGAUAUGUAAUCUCUUUUGGGUUUUAAGUUUCAGUCUUUCGAUAAUAUCACAGGAGAGUUAUUCAUUGGAGUACAUUGUACUUGUAGUGUAAUUGUUCACCUCAGAAGGGUUUUAGUCUUGAGCUCUGUAAUUUUUUCCACUGUACAAUUGGAAAUGGCGCUAUUCUUGUGUUCUAAAAUUUAUCAUCUUUUUUA